AUGUCCGUGGCGGGCAAGGAAAAUAAGGUCACCAAGGAAACAGUCAAGAAAGGUUCAGGUGACCCUUACUGGUGCGGACCAAAGUUGGAGGAGGUGUGCUACGAGGGCGACUCUAAAGAGGAGAAAGACUGGAACGUGGACGAAAACGGACACCACCACAAGGAGGAGAAGCCGAAAGAGAAGCCGGAGGAUAAGCCGAAGGAGGAGAAACCCAAGGACGAGAAGCACAAGGAUGAGAAAAAAACGACUACCACGAAAAAGCCCAAGGACACCUCAAUGUGCGACAAGGACUUCGACAGCGGCCAUUGUUUCAGCUCGAAGCCGAUGUACUACUACCGCAAGGAGACCAAGAAGUGCGAGAUGUUCGUUUAUGGAGGAUGCGGAGGCAACGAAAACCGCUUCGACACGCAGAAGGCCUGCCAGGAGAAGUGCGGCGGCAGCUAAAUCGCCCCGAGACUAUCACUCUUAAUCACGUCCUGGGUAAUGUGCUACUUAUAGCCAGGACACCAUACCUUUUCCGGGUAGCUUCCUGGCUUUAGCUAGCCUUCUAAGCGGGGCCUGACUAAGAGUGCAGCUGCAAGCUUUGUGGUGGUUAGACAAAUAACACUGUAUAGUAAACUACGCAGGUGGUACCAUCUCGCCGGUUCUGGUAGUUUUAAAUAAGGUGUCCCGGAAGAGUUUCCUUAUGCAGCAGUCGCAGCAGUAUUCCGCAGAUUCCUUGCAGAUAAGUUUGCCUGGAAUCUACAAACACGGCCUGCAGAAUGCACGUUAUUUUUGACGGCGAUCGUCUGUGCACAUUUUGCAACACACAGAUUUGAGCUUUGUCUGUAAAUAUAUAGGCACACUGAGGCAGGUUAAUAAAGAGUUUUGUCUGUGGAGAGUCUGAGUACGCUUUUUAUAAGUAGCGACAGGACAGCGGCAGACAGCCUGCAAGCAUUCCACGGAUAAAACCUGUGUGUGUUUCAGAUAGCUAUUGGGUCAUAAGUGCUUGCGUAAAUUUCUCGUACAAGUUAGUACAAAUUCUCCAUGUUAAGAUGUCUCUAGAAUACAUAGAUAUGCUUUGUGAACAUCAGCACUUAGCAUAAUGUCGACCAUCGUCUAUACAAUUCUUGUAACAACCGACUGGAACAAUCUGGGCAUGGGGAACCCUGGCCGUAUUUUGUUACUUCUUCAUUUCUUUUGAUCCCUUCAUCAUU